GCUGUUAACGAGAAGACCCCACACCAUCCCUUCAUAAAUCACGGAUUCAUAUAAUUAUUAAUAAUCCUUAGAAAUUCCCCUCUCUCUCUCUCGCACAAAAAGUAAAAAUCCCUAGCUUGGACAAGAUCUGAACCAUCGUCUCCUCUCAAUCUCUCUCUUUCUAUCUCAUUCUCUAUCUCUGACUGUCUCUCGCACUGCAACAAGGUCUGUGGUUCUGAUGGACAGUCUCCUGCUCGGUUUCUUCCCUUUCGCUUUGGAGUUUUGAUGUGAGAACGGGUUGUAUUGUUGAUUUCUCGCAAUUAGGGUUUAUGACGCCUAAGAAUUCAGAGACUAUGAAUGGUUCUUGGUUCUUUGACGGAAAUUUCAAUGGUGUCCCGGAUGAGUUUUUUGAUGACCUCAUUAAACGAGCUGAUUUUCCCUUGGAAGACCUGGAACCAAACAACGAAGGAGAAGAUUGGGAAGUCGAAUUCCAAAGUCUUGAACCCCCAUCUGCGAAUAUUUUGGCAAGUUUGUCCAAUGGUUUUUUUGAUGAUGGUUGCAAGGAUGAUUUUCAAGCUUCAGAAAGAUUGGUCAUUGCCACUUGAAACUGAUGUAUGGAUGAUAAGGGGGCAGUUAUGGAAGGGAAGUGAACCUAAGGCAAAACAAUGGUCUGGGACUACUGAAUCCUCUUCCCGCCUAAGCAUUCACCUCGAUAGUGAUGCUUCUGAUGAAAAACAUUCACGCGUGUUUCAUUCCUCAAGUCCAGUGUCUGUGCUUGAAAACAGCAGCUCUUCCUUGGUUGAAAAUCCCAUAUCCUAUUACCCCAAAUUUAUCCCAGUGAAACGCCCACGAAACAAGCGUCCACGGCCUUCAAACUUCAAUCCGUGUCGUAUGAUCCCUUUUAUCACCUCCACUUUCUCAGGUUCCAGAUCUCAUUCUUUGGCUGCUUUGGAGUCAGAAUCUGAAACCUAUUAUGCAGAGAAAACAUUGGAUGUUGCCAAGAAGAAACAGAAGAAGAAGAAGAACCUGACUCUGCUUUCAUGUACGUCAGAGCUUGAGAAAUCAUCUUCGCGGCGUCCAUCCUCUCAGCCACCUGGUCCAACGAGAAAAUGCACUCAUUGUGAGGUUACAAAGACCCCACAAUGGAGGGAGGGGCCACUUGGGCCAAAAACUCUUUGCAAUGCUUGUGGGGUUCGUUACAGGUCUGGUCGCCUCCUCCCAGAGUAUCGCCCUGCUGCAAGUCCAACCUUUGUCCCGUCAUUGCACUCCAACUCUCAUAAAAAGGUUGUGGAGAUGAGAACUAUAGCUUGUCAGCUGCCAAAUACAGUUGCAAGGGAGACUACAAUGGCUUCAUCUGGAUAGCACUUUGUUUAAUUCUUAUUAGGAUGACAAGCUUUGUAGUAAGGAGUUUUCCUGUUUCUCCUCUUGUAGUCUCUAUUCAAUUUUUAAGUUGAUUUGUUUCUUGUACAUUAAUCGAAUAAGAGCUAGGAGACUUAGAUGACCCCCAUAUUUGGCAGCAGGGAGCAGUCCAGAAAUUAUUUGAAGUAGCUAGAGAAUUAAAGAUGGAUGUUGGGAUGAGGGUAAUUGUGUUGUAUGCCCUAUUGUGAUGCUUGACAUGUUUUAGCCCUUUUAGGAAAAGGGAGCAAGUUGGAGAAGUCAUAGAAGUGAGGCAGUGGAGCUUAGAGGAGGAGGUAUUAGGUCUUAAAAAUAUAUGCACUAUUUGUUUAUUCUUGAAUGAUGAACUUUGUGGUUUAUUUAUAUGUUUUGUAUACUCUAUAGUUUCUUUGGUUAU